GGCAUUUCCUUUGAUCUGGGGGAUUAUUCCGACAACAAAGAAAUGUUUCUUGUGACUAAAUAGGAAAUUAUGGCUGAGUAGCAAGUGCUUUCAUUCAGAUGUCUCUGAACAUCACGAUCUUUUCGUGCCCUUUUCUUCUUCUUUCUUUCCCAUGACCCUCAUUAUUUAUGGUGGUAUACAAGGCCGUGUGGAGACCAUCUCUGAUGUCUACAGAUGUCCACAAGCAGACUCGUGGCUGCCGAACCAUUCCGGCACGUGUCUAAACCAUUCAGACUGUGGCCUCGUUGCCCUCGCUGGCUGGCUUGGGGAUCGAGUGCUCGGCCUCCUUCUCACCAUCUUUGCUGCUAAAAGCCUCCUUGGGCUGCUCCUCACUUCCGCGGUUUUGCUUGGUCUCAGAGUUGGCUCCCUCAACGUCGGGGUGGGGAGGGGCAACACCGGCCUCAGCAGCCUCGUCCUGGAUGACCUCAAUUUGGUUGCCAGCAGCGUCAAGAACGCGAGUCCUGGUCUCAUACUUGGUGUGGAACUCGACCUUUCCUGCGAGGGCCUUGACUUGCUCCUCAUUAAGCAGGUUGCCAUCCUGGUCGCGGUACUCUACACUCUCUUCGCGCUUGACGAUCUGCUGAUCCUGGACCUCAAACUUGGGCGCGCCGGAUACGAUUUCCUGGGCCGGAGGCUGCUGGGCCUUCGGAGCCACAGGCUGAGCAGUGGGAACCGCCUGGGGCGUUGUAGUCAGGACGAGCUUGUCAUAGUCUGAGUACUAAGGGGAAGAGGAGGGUUAGUUAUCCUGGAGAAGCAGCGCAGUAAUGUCAUUGUCGCAAGCUGUCAAUC